AUGAAAUUGGGUCCAAAGGCACGCAUUGUUGGGCUCGAGGUGGAAGGGGGAAACCGUCAGCACGAUGUCUCUGACCAUAUGGAUGAGCGACCACCAAAGCGCGAUGCAACCAAGUAUAAAGGCAAAAAUCAGUGGGUGGAAGCUAUUCAGAAUGUGACUGACAAAUCAGUUUGCAACAUCACAUGGGAUGCGAGCGAACACUGCGACAUCAUUCGGUUAAAGGCGAAUAUCGUAGCACAAGGCUUUACAUAA